AUGCCGCUCAACGCUGUCUCCGGUUCAUCCUGUACCAUCCAUCUCCUCCAACCACCAACAGUGCCGGCAUCAGGCGCCGGAUCGACCACGCAACCUUGUGCCGAAUACAAGCACGAGACAACCGUCGAUCCGACGACUGGGGCGGUCCAAGAAACCGUGACGAUCGAAUCCCAGCAAUGUCCGUUCGAAAUCGCCCUGGACGUCAAGCCCACAGCGUACUCGCGCAUUCGAUCGGCAACGCAUUCUCAACCGCCGAUAGCCAGCGACUGUGUUUGCGAGAUCUACCUCGACGGGAUCUAUAUCGUCUCCCACGUACAGCCCAAAACCAUCGGGGCGGCGCAGCUUCCGGUCCACAUCGCGACCAUUGUUUCGCCCGAUUAUUCGGUCAUUCGAUCGCUCCAAUUCGCCACAGUCAAUCUAGUCGACCCGGAUCAACUUCCGCCGGCGGAGAGGAUCUGCGAGGAUCAAAACGUGAUCAAGUCUCUCGGAACGAUUCGAGUUGACGUCUUCAAAUGUAACUCGGCUUACCUGCAAAGAAUGAACUGGAACGGGGUUCCUGCUGUCUCUACUUCGAAUCAAAUGAAGUUCUCCGAAAAAUCUAAAAAAGCUUGUCUUGCUACGACCGCCGGCUUAUCUGCACAAUCAGUCUCCGGCCUGUCACCUCCUAGUAUGCAAUGGUAUCCCCAAGCGGCAGAAGCCACUCCAUUCCUUCAAUUCAUUUUUGACUACAAACCACGAGUGAUCCUGGAAGCCGAAGGGACUAUUCCUCAAGCAGCAGCGCCUAAAGUCAUAGUGGAUUCGGCGAAAAAUGAGAACAAUCCCAAGGCACAGAGCAAGAACAAUAAGCGCCUCAAGACUGAGGACGGUGAUGACAAGAUGCGCGGCAAGACUGAGGGCGGCGAUGACAAUAAGCGCGUCAAAACUGAGGAUGACGAUGAAACAGUUCCCCAGAAAACUUCCAAGAUUAUCGACUUGACUGGUUCUGACGAUAUGUAG